AUGCCGUGGAACCAGACUUUUGUUCAUACGAGCGGUCCUAUUAAGGGAGACUGGCAGGACUCGGUUCCUGUUGCGCCGCUCAUCCUGGCAUUUGUGUACAACCUUUUCGCGACAUUCUACGUUUUCUUGAACGCACGGCCGGUUCAUUCGAUCUUGGAGGGCAUUGUUGAUUUCCUCGUCUGGGCGGUACUCAUCCCUGGUGUUGUUCUUGCCGCCUGGGGUGGCGCGUUUAACCUGUGGACGAGUCCUACAGUGGGCGCAGGCGGUAUGAUCAUUUGUGACAUGGACAGGAAUGCAUUGAGCAGAGAGUGCUUCCCGGAGCUGUACCAGAUUGGCGAGCUGGAGUUGGCAGGUGUCGUCUUUGCCAUUCCUUCUACAACUGUCCAUAUUGCUUCGAAUCUGACAUUGCCGGCCGGUCUAGGAUUAUACACACUUUCCUUUUUAUACAUGGCCGUAUGGAAGGGUGCACGCGGCGCCGGCAGCGCACCCGGGGACAGGAUAUCCCAGGAUUGA